AUGGCUUCUCUCUCUUGCUCAGCCAACGACCUUGCCCCACUUCUCACCACCACCGCAAACGCAACCGCCGUUGCACACUACCUCUGCACCCAAUUCAAUGCAAUCUCAAAAAAACUCACCGACACAACCUACGCAGUAGACAACACCUACCUUCUCUUCUCAGCUUAUUUAGUCUUCGCCAUGCAGCUAGGUUUCGCCAUGCUCUGCGCCGGUUCCGUUCGAGCCAAGAACACCAUGAACAUCAUGCUCACCAACGUCCUCGACGCCGCCGCAGGCGGGCUCUCGUAUUACCUCUUUGGCUUCGCUUUCGCCUUCGGAGCACCUUCCAACGGCUUCAUCGGCCGUCAUUUUUUCGGUCUAAGUGAUUACCCUUCUCACUAUGGUGACUACAGUUUCUUCCUCUACCAAUGGGCAUUCGCCAUCGCCGCCGCGGGAAUCACCAGUGGCUCCAUUGCAGAGAGAACACAGUUCGUUGCUUAUCUCAUAUACUCUUCUUUCUUAACCGGUUUUGUUUAUCCCAUUGUUUCGCAUUGGGUUUGGUCUUCUGAUGGUUGGGCCAGCUCAACCCGAACCGAUGGCAAUGUUUUAUUCGGGUCCGGCGUCAUCGACUUUGCCGGUUCAGGAGUGGUUCAUAUGGUUGGUGGUAUAGCAGGGUUAUGGGGAGCAUUUAUAGAAGGUCCAAGAAUCGGCCGGUUCGAUCGAACCGGUCGCUCUGUUGCUUUAAAAGGACACAGCGCGUCUUUGGUAGUGUUAGGUUCGUUUUUAUUAUGGUUUGGUUGGUAUGGGUUUAACCCCGGUUCGUUUUUAACCAUUGUAAAAAACUACGGGAAUAACGGAAGGGAUUAUUAUGGUCAAUGGAGUGCUAUUGGAAGGACAGGUGUCACAACGACAUUGGCUGGUUGCACUGCGGCUUUAACGACUCUGUUUAGUAAACGGUUAUUAGAUGGACACUGGAACGUGAUUGACGUGUGUAACGGUUUACUCGGCGGUUUCGCCGCGAUAACCUCGGGUUGUUCGGUUGUUGAACCGUGGGCGGCGAUUGUGUGUGGGUUUGUUGCGGCGUGGGUUUUGAUCGGGCUUAAUAAAUUGGCGGUUAAGGUGAAGUAUGAUGAUCCGUUGGAGGCGGCACAGUUGCAUGGAGGGUGUGGCGCGUGGGGAGUGUUGUUUACAGGGUUGUUUGCGAAGAGGGAGUAUGUUGAGGAGAUUUAUGGGAUUGGGAGGCCGUGUGGAUUGUUAAUGGGUGGUGGAGGGAGAUUGUUUGCGGCGCAGAUGGUUGAGGUGGUGGUGGUGUGUGGGUGGGUUACGGUGACGAUGGCGCCGUUGUUUUAUGGAUUGAAUAAGAUGAAGUUGUUGAGGGUGUCGAGAGAUGAGGAGAGUGCGGGGAUGGAUUUGAGUAGACAUGGUGGAUUUGCUUAUGCGUAUCAUGAUGAGGGGGAUGAUGAGUCGGUUAGGACAUUAGGGUUUAUGAUGGGUAGAAUUGAGCCUGCCGGUAGUGUUUCUCCCUCCGCCGGCGAAAUGACAAACACCGCACCAUCAAUGUGA